AUGAAUGUGUUGAAGCUACAAAAGAAAUUUCCUGUUUUGCAACAAUCUGAUUUGUUUCAAAUCAUUGAGGACUUUAGAACAAUUGAUUUAGAAGACAAAGGAUGGGUAGAAAAGAAAGAAGUAAUCAACAGUGUUAGCAAGUCUGGAAGUUACACUUACGACGAAGCAAGAGAAACCUUGAAGAAGGUUGAUGUUGAUGCAUCUGGGCAUGUUGAAUUGGAUGACUACGUCGAGUUAAUUGCCAAGUUAAAGGAAAGUGGAUCUUCACCAGGAUCCGCUCCAAUACCUUCGGGAUCUCUUGCUCCGGCUUCAUCAGGUCUCAAUGUCCCCACGACUCCCUCAAAAUCAUCUUUUGGUGGAUCUUCUGCCCCAACGUCUCCAAAUCCAAGUAAAAAGACUUAUAUCGGAGGUAAGACUUCUGGUACCACCCAUACUAUCAACGAUGAAGAAAGAACUGAAUUCACAAGACAUAUAAACUCUGUCCUUCUGGAUGAUGUGGACAUCGGUUCAAGAUUACCAUUUGAUACUGAGACUUUCCAAAUCUUCGACGAAUGUAGAGAUGGUCUUGUGUUGUCCAAGUUAAUUAAUGACAGUGUCCCAGACACCAUCGAUACUAGAGUUUUGAAUUUACCAAACGCAAAGAGAAAGGUAUUAAAUAACUUCCAAAUGUCAGAAAAUGCGAAUAUUGUUAUUAAUUCUGCUAAGGCAAUUGGAUGUGUUGUCGUCAACGUUCACUCUGAAGAUAUUAUCGACGGCAAAGAACAUUUAAUCUUGGGAUUGAUUUGGCAGAUUAUUAGAAGAGGCUUACUUUCUAAAGUUGAUAUCAAAUACCAUCCUGAAUUAUACCGUUUAUUGGAAGAUGAUGAAACUAUUGAACAAUUUUUAAGAUUACCACCAGAACAAAUUUUAUUAAGAUGGUUCAACUACCAUUUGAAGAAUGCAGGACACUCAAGAAGAGUCAGCAAUUUCUCCAAGGAUAUCAGUGAUGGUGAGAACUACACUGUAUUAUUGCACCAGUUGGUACCCGAACACUGUGAUUUAUCCGCCUUAAAUUCGUCAGAUUUACUCACCAGAGCCGAAAAAGUUUUACAAAAUGCUGAUAAAAUUGGCUGCAGAAAAUAUUUAACUCCUAACUCACUUGUAUCUGGUAACCCUAAGUUGAACUUGGCCUUUGUAGCCAAUCUCUUUAACAAUUAUCCAGGUUUAGAUCCAAUCGAAGAAAGUGAAAAGCCAGAAAUUGAAGAGUUUGACGCUGAAGGGGAAAGAGAAGCAAGAGUAUUCACAUUGUGGCUUAACUCUUUAGAUGUGGAUCCACCAAUUGUUUCACUUUUUGAAGAUUUGAAGGAUGGUUUAGUAUUAUUACAGGCCUUCGAAAAGGUUAUGCCUGGAACAGUUUCCGUUAAGCAUAUCAAUAAGAAGCCUGCUAAUGGAGGUGAGGUUUCUAGAUUUAAGGCAUUGGAAAAUACCAACUAUGCCGUGGAAAUUGGAAAAUCUCAGAAGUUUUCCCUUGUCGGUAUUGAAGGGUCCGAUAUUGUGGAUGGUAAUAAGUUAUUAACGUUAGCAUUGGUUUGGCAAUUAAUGAGGAGAAAUAUCACUCAAACUUUAGCCCAAUUAGGUGGAGCCGGUGGUAACCACAAUUUAACUGAUAGUGACAUGAUUAAGUGGGCUAAUGCACAAGCCAGUAAGGGUGGAAAGUCAGGCUCUCUUAGAUCUUUCAAGGACAGUUCAUUAAGUAAUAGUGUAUUUCUUUUGGAUGUGCUCAAUGGUAUCAAACCUGGAUAUGUUGAUUACGAUUUAGUAUACCAGGGAAAUAACUUAAGCGACGAAGAGAAGUAUGCCAAUGCUAGAUUAGCCAUUUCUAUUGCUAGAAAGUUGGGAGCAUUAAUUUGGUUAGUUCCUGAAGAUAUCAAUGAAGUAAGAAGUAGAUUGAUCAUGACUUUCGUUGGUAGUUUGAUGUGUGUUGCUGAAAAUUUGUAA